CAGCUGCUGGGAGUGCUGGGCCCCAGGGCUCCCGCCCUGCACAGAUGCACGCAGCGCUGACAGUUUGGGCUGAACAAUCCUCCAAUUCCCACCUCCCGUCACUGCCAGCGGGAUCGGAUUUCACUUCCUUCACUAUUCUCCAAUCCUCAGUUUCUUGAUCUCUUUAAAAGAAGAAGUGGAGAAGAGAAAGCCUCAUUUUCAAGUCUGGAAGGGGACCAGAGAAUAACCUCCAGCUCGAUGGGAAAAAAUCUUCCCAAGAAAUUUCUUCAGAGAUUUUACUCAGAUGAUUUAUAAAAUGAAGAAAGAACUCAUUUUUUGGGCUUCUAUCUGUCUGCUGCUUAGUCUCAUCCCUGAUGUUCUAAAUACUGACUCUGAGGAAGAUGAAGAUUAUACGGAGACUGAAGAGGCUAUUGACUGGGAGGCGAGAAAACCGGUGUUUACAUUUUGUGCAAUGAAGGCACAAGAUGGACCAUGCAAAGCAAUGAUAAAGAGAUUUUUCUACAACAUUUUCACCAGCCAGUGUGAAGAAUUUAUAUACGGAGGGUGUUUGGGAAACCAGAAUCAAUUUCUAAGUAUGCAGGAAUGCAAAGAAACAUGUAUAAAAGAAUUUUCACCACUGACGAAGUCAACAUUGGAAAAAGGAAAGCUAGAUUUAUGCUUUUUGGAAGACGACGUUGGAAUGUGUCGAGCUUAUAUUACCAGGUAUUUCUAUAACAACCAGUCAAGACAGUGUGAACCUUUCGUAUAUGGCGGAUGCCUAGGCAACCUCAACAAUUUUGAGUCAUUGGAAGAAUGCAAGAACACCUGUGAUAGCUCAGAGAAUGAGCUCCUGGUGGAUCGUUAUAUAGUCACUCCCACCCCACCUGUAACUGUAAAUACUAAGUCUUUGACUUCGCACUCUACGAGAGACCCCAGGAUUUGGGAAUACCAGGGUCCGUCAUGGUGUCUCGCCCCAGCAGACAAAGGAAUGUGUCGAGCUAAUGAAACAAGAUUCUUCUACAAUUCAGUCCUUGAAAAGUGCCUUCCCUUUAAGUACAGUGGGUGUGGGGGAAACGAAAAUAAUUUUGAUUCUAAAAGAGCGUGUGUUAAAGCAUGUCAAAAAGGUUUCAUCAAAAGAAAGUCAAAAGAAGGGCUAAUUAAAACCAGAAGGAGAAGAAGAAAGCAGAGAGUGAAAAUAGUGUUUAAACCUGUUGUGAAAAAAAUAUAAAUCUGUUAUACUAUUAGAAUAUUGAUUCUCCUCUUUAGUAGAAUUACGUGAAGUGUUUCACUAUAACUUUUCUUUUCCUUUUGUUAAGAUACUUUCAGUGACUGUGACAUAAGAUUGUAAGGUCUGCUCUUCCCAAGUACUUGGUAGUAAUACAUGAAUAUCAGAUCCUUUUCUAAUAUGAUCCAAUUGCUCCUUUUGGGUAUAAUUUAUUAACUGUCUACUGUGAAUUUAUUUUUUUGAUCAUUUCUAUUUGCUGUUUUAAUAUGAAUUAUCAUAUUCCGAGCCAUAUGAAGUGAUUUUUUUCUCCAUUUGACAGCCAUGUAUUUGAGAAUAAGUUGUGAUUUAUUUGUAACAGUCAUGUAUGUAAUACCAUCCUUUGAUCAGGUUAAGAAAUGUGAUUAUUAACAAACAAGCAGUUUUGGAUUGCACACCUAAAAUGGUGACAAACACCUGCUUCUGAUGCUGAUCACUCAAUUUUGCAUGUAGAGAAAAAGGAAACAGCUGUCUUAAGUGCUUCCUUCCAUAGAUACAUUUUCUUUUCUUCUUUUGUACUAAGCAAUACCUCCAUGAAUACUGAGCCAAGCUCUUAGGUACAAAUCUUACCUAUGUGAGCAAUAGAAAAACCUCCACUUUUCCCGUAUGUGCUGAAGACAAGAAUUCACAGUACUCAGAAAUUCUAUGUAUGUAAGCAGUAAGGAAAUACCUUCAGAUGUUCCAGUUUCCUUCAAAAAAUGAAAAAAAUUCAGAGGGGGAACACUUUAUGUUUGUAGAGAAAAGCCUUGACUCAUUCUACUUUUCUGAAUACAUUCCACCUGUGUUCAAUACAUGGAAAGAAACCCUAACUACAGGAUGGCAAAACCUUCAUUACUGUAUCACCUGUUUAAAAUGCAUGAGAACGCAUAACGGAGUGGAGGCAACAUUGGGGGGUGUGGGAAACCUAUUCAUCUUGCUUUUCUUCACAGAUUUAAAUAAAUAAAUAUGCAAGCAAAAAAAAAAAAAAGAAUAGUCAGCUCUGCAUUAUGUGUCUGCUUUAUUUUGAUUGGCUUACCUUGGAAGAGUGCCUGAUGGUGACUCAAUAUGUCAGUCAAGAUGGAAAACAAUUGUGUUAGAUUCAGGUCAUGAUAAGAAACAUGGAAACACUUCAUUAAAAGGAAAUUCAUUGUAUGGCCUUCCUAAUUUUACUUUUUGACAAAAUUUUCUCUGACCAAAAAUAGCAAGCAUAUAAAAACCUCCUGAUUCCACAUUUGUCCUUAGGUUUUGCACCAGCCAUAACCAGUAACUAAUGCUCGAAAACACACUUAUUCCUGUAGCAGAGGUAUUACCCAGGUGGAAGAUUCUACUAGAAAAUCUGUGUGCUGUUUACUCAGAGGUCGCUAAUAUUUCUCCAGCAUUAAUUCCCUAUAGCUGUCCUUCUCCACUGAGCACAUGCAGUCCCUCAAAUCGGCAGCCUCCUGGACAUUUGGUUUAUUGAGUGUUCAGUUCCUGUGUAAAUCUGAGCUUGGCAUCUAGAAAAACAUGAACGACCCCCUCACCAUUUGGUUUAGCAUCUUAAUUUCUCUCUAGCAACAAUAUUAUAGUUCAGCCUUGAAGGUUUGCACUGUUUUGAUGUUGUAUUGUUUUUCAAAGACCAUACUCAUCAAAUGAGUCCCCAAAUCCUCUCAGUUCCUUUUUCAUAUGGUUUGUCCAUCCCCCAGGCUUUUUGCUCUGUACUGUGUCCUGGUCCAUGAGCACUGAGUCAAUUCCUCUGAAAUAUAUUUCUCCACCACUCAACAUCUUCCAAGAACUUACUAGUUUGUAUAAACCCCAAAUUCUCAUCCUACAACUCCUUAACAAUUAAUUAAUUAAUAAACAUUUUUGAUUACUCAGUUUAUUUACCCAUGCUGAAUUUCUCUUUAAAAAUCUGACACAUUCCACAACUUUCAUUUAAACUCAGGGUUCAGGGGCUGGGGAUUUAGCUCAGCAGCAAAGCGCUUGCCUGGCAAGCUCAAGGUCGUGAGUUCGGUUCCCGGUACCAGAGAAAAACCAAAAAUAAAUAAAUAAAUAAACUCAGGGUUCAGCUGAUAUCCGUUUCAAGAUGGCUAUGAAAAGUCCUAAUGUGAACUACAAAUUAUUUUCAUCCUGCAGUGCAACAAUUAUUUCAUAAGAAAAGUAGCAGCAACCUGUUUGGCUUAAGGCUUCUUUUUUUCUUUUGAAACAGAGCUACUAUUUAUUGGGCUUCUAGGGUGUGCCAAGGUAAAUGGUCUCCAUAGACAUAUCUGCUCCUGUGAUUUUUCAUUAUUUCAAAUGUCCAGAACACAAAUAAUUUGCCUUAAACUAGGUCUUUCUAUGGAAUUUGAAACACUUGGAAAUCAAAACCCCUUGUGAGAGAGGUAUGCUCUGCUGUCUUUUUUUUUCCAUGAAGAACAUUAGCGUUAAUUAAGAGGAAUGUGUCCUUAUGUGUCAAGUUUCCACCAAGGACAUAUAAACAGCACAUGCAUGCGUUAGCUAAUUUUAUCAAAAAAUAAGCAUUCACUUGCUCAUUACUUAGUCAAUAAACAGAUACACAGAUGGUGUGCAGUGUUUCCUGCAGGUGAAAAUUAUUUUACUGUGUUUUAAAUAAGAAUUCUCUGAUGAUGUGGUCUUCCUGUAUUUUGCAGAUGCAUCUAACUGUGAAUGUUACACAGAAUUUCACUAUACAGCAUACACAUGUUGUACUUUGUGAUCUGUAUUCAAAAUUUACAGUUUAUGCUGGUAAUGGUUCAAAUGAUUUUAUUUUUACAUUGUAAUAAGUAAAAUUUCUAAUCCUGAGUAAUAAACUUGACUUGUACUCUUGAA